AUGAUGCGACACCGUUUCCACAUUUUUCAAUUCUUCGUAUUGUCAUCCAUUUUCCUGCCGAGUUGGGUACUUAAUAAUUCCGCGAAGGCUGAGGUUAUAACCCUAGCCGCCGAUACUUUCGAUGACAAGGUGAAGGAGAAAGAUACGGCAUGGUUCGUGAAGUUUUGUGUCCCUUGGUGUAAGCAUUGUAAGAAUUUGGGGACAUUAUGGGACGAUUUGGGAAUGAUGAUGGAAGGCGAGGAUGAAAUAGAGAUCGGAGAAGUUGACUGCACAACUAAUAGACCAGUGUGUAGAAAAGUCGAUAUUCAUUCAUACCCUACAUUCGAACUAUUCUAUAAUGGAGAAGAAGUUGCAAAAUACCAAGGACCUAAGGACGUAGAGUCGCUCAAAACAUUUGUUUUAGAAGAAGCUGAAAAGGCAGCUACAAAAGCACAACUUGAGAAUGAUGGUGAGCUGUAA